GCGCAGGCGUCGAGUCGGGAGGGAGCCUAUCUUGCGCAGACUAGGUACUGUACAUGGCCAUUGAUGCUGCUGGAUAGAUGUAGCCCCUGAUGUAAAUAAGAAUGGCGAGGGCAGCGCGUCUAACAUGCCGAGUUAUCUCCGCUUGACAUCGGAACAUUUUAUACCGUCGUCGGGAUUUUUAUCAAACGCGGGGUCCUUUUCUCGUUUUCAUCUGAAUCUGCCUUGACAGCUCGCCCGAUGGUUUUCAUUUGACACAAGAGCCAAAGCAGACGGGCGGCUUCUUCUAAUAAACACUCGGGAAAAACAGGUCAUUAUGACCUUAGUAUCCUCCAGUAGAAGAAAACCAUCGGAUUGCUUUUACGCGGCAGCAUUCUGCUUGCAUCUUUUGCUUUGGAUUUCGCGUGCCGUGUCCGGAGAGGAGGAUCGUCAGUUCAGCGUUGAGGGAUGGCUACAGAGGUAUGGCUACCUUCCCCGCACAGAACCGGGAAUGUCUGUGCUGCGCUCGGCCCAAAGCAUGCACUCGGCCAUCGCUGCCAUGCAGCGGGUCUAUGGUCUCAAUGUCACAGGGACGCUGGAUGAGAAAACCAAGGAUGAUAUCACCCUGAGUUGGAUGCAGAAACCACGGUGCGGGGUCCCGGACAAAUUCAAAAGUGCUUCAAGGUCACGGAGGCGGAGAUACGCGCUGACAGGACAGAAGUGGCAGCGUGCACACAUAACCUACAGCAUAAAAAACGUCACACCGAAGGUGGGCGACCGGGAGACUCACAAUGCCAUCCGGCGGGCCUUUGACGUGUGGCAAGGUGUGACUCCCCUCCGCUUCGAGGCCGUUCCGUACAGCGCCCUGGAGACUGGCAGGCGUGACGUGGACAUCACCAUCAUCUUCGCCUCAGGUUUUCACGGCGACAGCUCACCCUUCGACGGGGAGGGGGGAUUCCUCGCCCACGCCUACUUCCCAGGCCCGGGCAUCGGAGGCGACACGCACUUUGACUCGGACGAGCCGUGGACCCUGGGGAACCCCAACCACGACGGAAACGACCUGUUUUUGGUUGCGGUUCACGAGCUGGGCCAUGCCCUCGGCCUGGAGCACUCCAACGACCCCACGGCUAUCAUGGCUCCGUUCUACCAGUACAUGGACACAGAGAAUUUCAAACUACCUCACGAUGACCUGCAGGGCAUCCAGAAAAUCUACGGUCCACCAGACAGAGCCCCGCAGCCUACCAGGCCCCCACCUACGGUCCCUCCUCCUCGCUUCCACCCUCCAUCAGACCCGCGUAAGCACGAUCGCCACGCCAGACCGCACCGCCCCCCACAGGGAGCCAAGCCCUCCAACCCCAACUCCAAACCCAACAUCUGUGACGGAGGCUUCAACACGUUGGCCAUCCUCCGACAGGAGCUUUUUGUGUUCAAGGAUCAGUGGUUCUGGAGGGUACGGGACAACUCAGUGGUCCCUGGCUACCCCAUGCAGAUCAACUACUUCUGGAAAGGCUUGCCUCCCAAAAUUGAUGCUGUGUACGAAAAUAGCGAAGGGAAGUUUGUCUUUUUCAAAGGAAACCGUUUCUGGGUCUUCAAGGACACAACUCUCCAGCCUUCAUACCCUCAGGACAUCUCGCUGUUCGGGAGUGGCAUGCCCACACAGAGCAUCGAGACAGCUGUAUGGUGGGAGGACGUGGCCAAAACCUACUUCUUCAAAGGAGACAGAUACUGGCGGUACAAUGAGGAAAUGAGGACCAUGGACCCAGGUUACCCUAAAUCCAUAACCAUCUGGAAGGGCAUCCCAGACUCGCCACAGGGGGCUUUUGUGGACAAGGCCAAUGGUAUGACCGCAAAACAUGCUGGGUUUACCUACUUUUACAAGGGAAAGGAGUACUGGAAGUUCAACAACCAGCUGCUUCGCGUCGAGCCAGGCUACCCGAGGUCCAUUCUGAGGGACUUCAUGGGAUGCGACGGCCUACCUGCCGACCCAGACUGGGACUGGAGCCCCCCGGCGGCGGAGGAACGCCACUACGACAACGGAGACGUUGACGUUGUCAUCAAACUGGACAGCACAGGGGGCACGGAGAAAGCGGUGGCCAUCGCUAUCCCUUGCGUCCUGGCGCUGUGCAUGAUGGUCCUCCUCUACACCGUUUUCCAGUUCAGGAGGAAGAGCACGCAGCGCCACAUACUGUACUGCAAGCGCUCCAUGCAGGAGUGGGUCUGAGGGAUUGUAUAGCGAAGGGAUGUGAAGCUCUGAUAAUGGGUCUAGUUAUUGCUUGAAGCCCUAAGUACAGUAAUUGGAAACGCUGGAAAGGGUGUAGUACAUGAGGUUUGCCAUGUUGGCAGAUUUCAAAACUGCUCAAAACUUGUAAUGGGCAAGCUGCAAGCGAGAGAAAUGAUCAGCACAACUCAACUGAAGACAGUGGCGGAGCCUCAUCCCUUAUGUCCAACUAAUAUGUAUGUAUCUGCUUUGACUUUUUUCUGUAUCCUGGAAUGAACUCAAUGAAGUGAGACAGAGUUAAGCUACUGUAAAGUGGGACCUUUGUCUAUCCCCAUCUCUGCACACUGCUUAAAAAAGCCCCUAGCACUGAUUUCAGUGGACAAAUUAGACAUAGGCUUCUACUUUACUUUCACUUCUUAAUUAAAUUGCCCUGAGCUGUGCUUUUCUUUUUUUCUUCUUUUUUAAAUUUAGGGUCCCUGUAAAAGAUUAUUCAUUGUGUGGAGGACUGAUACACAAACCAAAUAUGACCUUUUCUUCCAAAGAGGAUUACUGCUCGAUGUUGUUUUUGAUGGGAUAUUUUUCUUCCAUGGAUCAAACAUUGUGGCUCAUACUCUGACUUUUUUUUUUCUUUCGCCAUUUCUAUUCAUAUCCACUCGUCUGCUCGGUAAUCUGUUGGGAUAGGACGCAGCCGUUAGUAAGAGCUAGGAACUCAAGACUGUUGUGGCAGUCUAUCUCCAAAACAGGGGCCAAAAACCUCUCUGCAAUAUUUAUGAGACUGCCUUAAUCACAGAUUGCUUAAAUUCCCUCCUCUUUCUCUCUCCGGUUCUCUGGUCUGGAUGUUGAAGUGACAUAGUGGGAAUACAAACAGCGUAUGAAGGCAUUCAUUUCUGCCCAUGAUGCAACUUUCAACCGGUAGUUAAGGACGGUUUGAUCCACGGUGGGUUCGGUGUUCUUGAAAAUGUGCUAAGCUGUGCUAAACGCCUCAUGGCAAACGGGCUAUCAGCUUUCAUUUCAUUAUUCACUGCCUCACUGGAGGGUGGGAGAGAGAAAGGGGAGGUUAGUUGUGUGUGUGUGUGUGAAUAAUUACCCACAUUAUCCACGGUACCUACUGUCUUGUAGUGUCAGUUAAUGACAUCCUGCUUCCUCUUUCGUUUUUAUUUCAUGCCGACUUUGUUAACAGUGUUAGUUCAUCGGUUUUAAAUCUAACCAAUCCAUAUUUCUUUUCUUAUCUUUUAACUUUUGUACAAGGUUUGUAAGUUUACACAAUACUCCACACGGACCAGGAUACGGAGAAGGAGCGUAAUGAAAAGAGAGAAGAGGGGGUUGGGAAAGCCGCAUAAUACGUUUCUGAAAAAAAAAAAACAAGUCAUCUCAUCAAUUUUGGAUCGGCGGCGGCCGGUGCUGCUGCUCCAGUUGUUCCAUCCCUAUUUGGUUUUCCACGAAUUCCACCCGCUGUAACGAUGAACACAUGUCUAGGAACAAGUAACAUGAAUUAAUCAGCAGGAAUAAAGAAACAUACUGUGGUUAAAAAAAAAAAAAAAAAAAAAAAGGUUGAACCACUUCUGCCUGUGUGUUCAUUAAUAGAACCAGGCUGGUUUAUGCAAUGUAACCGUUAUUCAAUACACUUACUGUAUGUUACACUAGAGUUAAAUUACUAAAAAAGGCUCAUAGAAGUUCUCAAGCCUGGCUAUUAGAGGAAUGUCGGAAAAAACAAAAAUUAAGUCUGACAAAUAUAUAUUACGAUCUGCAGUGUUUCACAUAAAUCCUACGUUUUGAAGAGUUUGGGAAACAAGUGAAGUGGAGCUAAACCUACGCAGCCUGGAUCCUGAAGAGAUAUCUCACAAUUGCCUUGCGCGGUGAAGCACUCCUCAGAGUUGGCCUGAUGAUCCGUCUGUGAGCGUUCAUCAUGUAAAUGAUCCUUUUUUUAAUAUUUGUGCUCCUUGUUUUUUGCUACUCUUUUACUUGAAACGGUCGUUAACAUCAGCUGUACAGGACACACAACAUAAUCUUCCAUUAAUAUCGAGGUGGUACAUUUUAGCGUGGGGUAUAUAUUCUCAUUUUUACAUCUUAAUUACUCAUGGAAGGUUAAUUGAACUGUGGUCGACAGGUCAAACUUUUACUUACCGUCAUUUGUAACAGAUAAAAUCUUUCAUAAGGGCAAUGCAUGCCGUUGAUAAACUAAGAUGUCAUUCUUUCAUAGCUGUUGUCCAUGAUCAGUCUUGUACCGGCCUCUCCCUUUAUGGUUCAAUGAAGUGACUGGGCAGCAUUGCAGGUUUUCUGCCGAGCGCACACACAGAUUCACAGACGUUGCUUUGUUACCCAUGUGAAAUUUUCAGUUCCAGAGAACAGAAAGAGAGCGUCGUCGCUGUCCCUAAGCAGCUCUGAAUUUGCCGUGCAUACGCGCUCGCGUUGAUCCAUGAUCGCUGUAAUUUAAAAAGGUGGAAGCAAAAAGCCCUCAGGCUCAGUAUUGUGUGUGGCGUCUCCUCAGUUUGUGUGUUUGUGGCGAGGGGUCUGAUGGUUCCAGUGAGCGUGAAUUAAACAUGGUCAGCGAGGCAGGUCUGUACUGUAGUUACUGCCGUAUUUAUUCACAUUGCAUUGUACUGAGGGCAAGAAGCUGUCAAUAAAGUGGGAAAAUGAAAUGCAAUAUAUUAUUUUAUUUGGCCUCACAGCCGCCGACUGCUACUCCCCCAAACACUCAUUUGGUGCAGAUGUCUGGUUGUUUUGUUUUUUUCAUUUUUUGAGAGGUAAAUCAAAUUUUAAAAGGUUGCAUCCUCUUGCAAUGACCCCCCCUUAUAUCGCUUGAAAUGCCUGACGGUUCGGAUACACGAAAAGGUUUCACCACACUGACACGUCCUUGGUUGCCUCCAGACUCCUCUGUGUUUUUUUUGCUGUUGUUUUUUUUCAGUCUGCCUUGACACAUGCUGCUAAGCAUUAGGGCUAAUUUGGAGUGUCAUUAAAGGAAGUAGAUGGGGCUGAUUAGACGGAGUCCAAUACGCCAGAGAGAGGCAAGGGCGCGGAAGAGGCGAGGAGCAUUUUGCAAUUACUGCAGUCUAGAUGUUGUACACAGAUACAUGCAGUAUAUACUCAAAAGGAACAAGAACAAAACAUAACGCAUACUAUGUACAUAUAACUACGCCAGACUGUACACUGUCUUCUUUGGGCAGUUUUGUUUUUAAUCCAUCCAUUCCAUGGAUAAAGAAAAUGGUGUGUGUUGUAAAUAAAAACAAGUGCAUAAUGA